CAUGGAAUGCAGACUAGAGGGAGAAGGAAAAUGUCAACAUAGCUUGAAUUUACUGAAGCAAAUUCAGAACAUGAAAGAAUUGACAGAAAUGAUUGAUGUGGUCCUCAUAGCAGAAGGGGAGAGAUUUCCUUGCCACCGACUGGUUCUGGCUGCAUUUAGCCCUUACUUCAAAGCCAUGUUCACCUGUGGACUACUGGAAUGUACGCAGAGGGAAGUGAUCCUCCAUGAUAUCACUGCUGAAAGUGUGUCAGUACUGUUACAUUACAUGUACAGUGCGGACUUGGAGGUCAACAAUGCCAACGUGCAGAUGGUAGCCAUGGCUGCCUACUUUAUGCAGAUGGAAGACGUCUUUAAUGUGUGUCAAAAGUACAUGAUGGACCAUAUGGAUGCCUCUAACUGUGUAGGUAUCUACUACUUUGCAAAGCAGAUUGGAGCUGAGGAUUUAUCUGACCAGUCAAAGAAAUAUUUAUAUCAACACUUUGCAGAGGCAUGCUUACAUGAAGAAAUACUCGACAUCGAAGUGCACCAGUUUCUGGCACUUAUUAAGUCAGAUGAUCUCAAUAUAUCUAGAGAAGAGAGUAUUCUGGACUUGGUGCUACGCUGGGUCAACCACAAUCAGGCCUUGCGCACAGACUAUCUUGUUGAGCUUUUGAAGCAAGUUAGAUUGGAACUCGUCAAUCCUUCCUUUUUAAGACAAGCCCUGAAAAAGAACACCAUGCUUCUCUGCAAUGCAGAAUGCAUCGACAUCAUCCAGCAUGCAUUCAAAGCCAUCAAGGCCCCACAGCCUCACGCUCUCAAUCUUCGCUAUGGCAUGGAGACUACCAGCCUUCUGCUCUGUAUUGGUAACAAUUCCUCAGGAAUCAGAUCCAGACGGAGAAACUAUGGGGAUGCCAGUUUUUGUUAUGACCCCAUCUCCCGGAAGACUUAUUUCAUCUCGUCUCCUAAAUAUGGGGAGGGCUUGGGAACCGUGUGUACUGGUGUGGUUAUGGAAAACAAUACCGUGAUUGUGGCUGGAGAAGCGAGUGCCUCUAAACUGGCUAGACAAAAGAACAGGAAUGUUGAGGUCUACAGGUAUCAUGAUAGAGGAAACCAGUUCUGGGAAAAACUAUGCACCACAGAAUUCCGAGAGCUCUAUGCUCUGGGCAGUAUCCAUAAUGACCUCUAUGUGAUAGGAGGACAGAUGAAAAUUAAGAACCAGUAUCUUAUUACAAACUGUGUUGACAAGUACUCUGUAGAAAGAGACUCCUGGAAAAGGGUGUCUCCACUUCCACUCCAACUGGCAUGCCAUGCAGUCGUAACAGUGAAGAAUAAACUUUAUGUGAUUGGAGGCUGGACCCCACAGAUGGAUCUUCCUGAUGAAGAGCCUGAUCGAUUAAGCAACAAACUGUUGCAGUAUGACCCCAGCCAAGACCAAUGGACAGAGUGCGCGCCCAUGAAGUACUCCAAGUACCGAUUCAGCACCGCUGUAGUCAGCAGUGAGAUCUAUGUUUUGGGUGGAAUUGGCUGCAUCGGUCGAGACAAGGGACAGGUUCGAAAGUGCCUGGAUGCUGUGGAAAUUUACAACCCCGAUGGAAACUUCUGGAGAGAGGGCCCGCCUCUGCCCAGCCCCUUGCUCUCUCUUCGAACUAAUUCUACCAAUACAGGGGCGGUGGAUGGGAAGCUUUACGUCUGUGGGGGGUUCCACGGAGCAGAUCGUCAUGAAGUCAUCUCCAAAGAAAUCCUAGAGUUGGACCCCUGGGAGAAUCAGUGGAACGUAGUGGCCGUCAAUGUCCUCAUGCACGACAGCUAUGACGUGUGCCUGGUGGCCAGGAUGAACCCCCGAGACCUCAUCCCCCCACCUUCAGAUCUGGUGGAGGAAGGCAGUGAGCACUGAGG